UCGUCUCCGUAAGCCAGACAAGUGAAGCACAGGACACCGAAGCGGAGCGCAACACACCGGCUGAGACACAAAUUGGUGAUAAUGUCUUCCCCGUGCAUGUGCUCUCACAAUUUCAUUCCUUGAGACGAGUCAUUUCAGAAGAUUGCUAUUCCGCGAAGAUAUAUGGUGAUAAUGAGGAAAUAAACCUCUACAAACUUUGUAAAAGCCCGCUGGCCAUUGAACCCAGAAUACUUUCAAACUUGUGCCAUUGCGCAGAGUUCUUUUCACACGCCGGCUCUGUCCCACCAGCCCGCCAGCCAAGAAGACGUUCCACACUUUCGCCCUUGUUUGCUUUAUCAAAUGCCCAAAAACAGCAAGGCCGUCAAGAGAGAGCUUGACGACGAUGUCACAGAGUCUGUCAGAGACCUGCUUUCCAACGAGGACGCCUGUGAUGAUUCCUUCAAGAAGAGCUCGCUGAUCGUCAACAACCAUGAAGGCGAAGGGAAAGAGUGCGAUGUGGAGGAAGGGGGGUCAGAUGCCGAGGAGGAGGAACGACCGGCCUGGAACAGCAAGCUCCAGUACAUCCUGGCCCAGGUUGGCUUCUCUGUAGGCCUGGGCAACGUCUGGAGAUUCCCCUACCUGUGUCAGAAGAAUGGAGGGGGAGCAUAUCUGGUGCCCUAUCUCAUCCUGCUCAUAUUGAUUGGCAUUCCGCUGUUCUUCCUGGAGCUUGCGGUGGGACAGCGAAUCCGUAGGGGGAGCAUCGGUGUGUGGAACUACAUCAGCCCUCGGCUGGGGGGGAUUGGCUUUGCCAGCUGUGUGGUGUGCUUCUUUGUGGCUCUCUACUACAAUGUCAUCAUCAGCUGGAGUCUCUUCUACUUCUCCCAGUCCUUCCAGCAACCUCUGCCAUGGCACGAGUGUCCCCUCGUGAAGAACAAGACCAGUACAUAUGUGGUGCCAGAGUGUGAGAAAAGCUCAGCAACCACCUACUACUGGUACCGCGAGGCCCUGGACAUCUCUGACAGCAUCUCUGAGAGCGGAGGGCUGAAUUGGAAGAUGACCGUGUGUCUGCUGAUUGCCUGGUCCAUGGUUUGCCUUGCCAUGAUCAAGGGAAUCCAGUCUUCUGGGAAGGUGAUGUACUUCAGCUCCCUCUUCCCGUACGUUGUGCUGAUUUGCUUCCUGGUUCGGUCGCUCCUCCUGAAGGGCUCCGUGGAUGGGAUCCGUCACAUGUUCACACCCAAGCUGGAGAUCAUGUUGGAGGCCAAGGUCUGGCGUGAGGCAGCCACGCAGGUCUUUUUCGCGCUGGGUCUCGGGUUCGGUGGCGUCAUUGCCUUCUCCAGCUACAACAAGCGGGACAACAACUGCCACUUCGAUGCCGUCUUGGUGUCUUUUAUCAAUUUCUUCACUUCUGUGCUGGCCACCCUGGUGGUGUUUGCCGUGUUGGGCUUCAAAGCCAAUAUCAUGAACAGCAAAUGUGUUGCAAUGAACACCAACAAGAUUUUAACGUUGUUGGGGAGUGGCAUCCUUGAGCAAAGCCUUAUUCCCCACCACAUUAACCUUACUCAGGUUAAUGAAGUCAGUGGUGAGGACUACCAUAAGAUGAUAAAUGUCAUCAAAGGGGUUAAGGAGGAUGAGUUCAAUUCACUGGGACUGGAAGCCUGCAGCAUCGAAGACGAGCUGAAUAAGGCAGUACAAGGCACAGGCUUGGCUUUCAUUGCCUUUACAGAGGCCAUGACCCACUUCCCAGCCUCACCCUUCUGGUCCGUCAUGUUCUUCCUAAUGCUGGUUAACCUCGGCCUUGGCAGCAUGUUUGGCACCAUUGAGGGUAUCCUCACCCCGCUGAUAGACACAUUCAAAGUCCGAAAGGAAUUUCUUACAGUGGGAUGUUGCGUGUUGGCCUUCUCCAUCGGUCUCCUCUUUGUUCAGCGCUCAGGGAACUACUUUGUGGCCAUGUUUGAUGACUACUCGGCUACUUUGCCUCUGCUCAUAGUGGUCAUACUGGAAAACGUGGCGAUCGCCUGGUUCUACGGGAUCGAUAAAUUCUUUGAAGACUUGAAGGACAUGCUGGGCUUUAUGCCGUACCGUUUCUACUAUUACAUGUGGAAGUACAUCACACCCAUCCUGCUAAUGGUCCUCCUGUGCUCCAGCUUCAUUCAGCUGAUAAUGACGCCGCCCAGCUAUAGUGCCUGGAUCCAGGAAGAGGCCAUAGAGAAAACCUUGCGCUUCCCUCCGUGGGGCAUUGUGGUCUGCAUCUCUCUGGUGGUGAUGGCCAUCCUGCCCGUGCCCGUGGUCUUUGGCCUACGCUACUUCAACAUCAUCGAUGAGAACACGAGUGGCCUUUCCACUGUUUCUUACAAGAAAGGCCGCAUCAUCAAGGAGACCGCCCGGCCAGAGGAAGACGACGACGCUAGCCUUAUUCACGGAAAGUCUCCCAGCGAGGCUCCCUCGCCAAUGCCUGGCAACAGCAUCUACCGCAAGCAGAGCGGCAGCGGCGGCACUGAUGUGGACACCGCACCUAAUGGCCGUUAUGGUAUCGGUUACCUGAUGGCUGACAUGCCGGAUAUGCCUGAGUCAGACUUAUAAACUGACAGUAAUAGUAUGCCCUUCCGCAGCCAUAACGGGGGGCCACUUCUCCCCCCUCAACUCUCUGCGUGCGUUUAGUUAGCUGUAUUGUCACUGUAUAUUUCUCUUGUACCGUAUUUUCUUUGUAUAUAUUGUAACUGCUCUCUUAUUUGUUGUCUCUGAACCUUAUCUGCCAGUUUCAGAGUUUUGGACUAAGUCUAAUUCUGUACUAAAAGAACCUAAAAAAAUCUCCAUGGGGAAAACGUUAGUCUGAGGCCAGGCUUAUUCCAUGUCUGUGAAACUGCACUAGUACAACUGUGUCCCUUAAAAGAAGGUCUAGGAAUAAACACCAUCCUUGUCGAAUCCUUCACCGAUUUGCUUGUGUGCUUCCCAAACUCAUCUCCAUAUCCCUCCAGUCUUUGCUCCCUUUCUUUUUGGAGACCCAAAGAGGCCUACUUGAAUAAGAAUCUCCAAGAGUCCGCAGUCAGCCAGUUCAGGUGAGAGAUGUAAGAGGUGGUCAGAAAGUACCAAGCUUAGUCGCAGUGUAGGCGAUCUCAUUGAUGAAGUAAUGUCACAAGAUUAGUUUUUCUUGGCACGAGUUUGGGUCGAAAGGAUGGCCUUUGAAAACCACUCCCAUGAUUGUCUGCAAGAAAAGUGUGCCUAAGUUAUUUAUAUUUGUUUAUAGAAUACACGAUGGCCGUUGUAUAUUUAAAGUAUUCUGUAAAUACAAUAUAAAUAUUUUAAAUAUAUUUAUCUUGUUAGUUUGGAUAUCAAAACAGUGUUUUUAAGGUUCAGAAGUAAUCUAAUUCUUUAACCCAUCUUUGUUUUUUUACUCUGUAAAUAUUUUCUUUUCCAUCAAAAAGCUUCAAUUUUAAUGUCUUUUUCCUCCGAUUAAAGCUUAAACAUGACCACACACUAAAAA